AUGAAGAUCCUCGACUGUUGCUUCCUUGAUAUUGUCGGUCCUCUGUCUGUGUCGGAAUCCUUCUCCCACCCCUUCAAGUUCAUCAUAUCAUGCAUGGACUGUUGCAGCGGUUAUUGUUGGUUCUUUCCAACUCCCGACAUCACCAGCAAGACCAUCACUGGUAUCCUCGAAGCAAGGCUGAUCGAUCAGGUCGGAGUCCCACGAGUUUUCACAGUCGACAACGCCCGCUAUUUCACUGGUGUUUACUUCCGCGCCUGGGUUGCCAGCAUAGGUGCUACCUUGAGAUGUAUCCCUGUCGCUAGCCCCCAUCGCAAUGCCCUAUUAGAACGUCAACACUCUGGUCUCAAGAAGUCAUUGAAGGCCCUCUGUGCUGAACAUCCUGAAUCGUGGCCGGCGUAUGUCACUAAAGCUCAGCGGAGGAUCAACACCCGAUCUACAUAUGGCUACAGUCCUCAAGAGCUAUUCUACGGUUUCGAUGCUCUAACGCCCUUCUCAAGACGGUUUGAAGACGUCAGCAACACUAUCGACGAAGACUCUGUCCGUUUCGAGGCUCGACGUCGUGAUCGGGAACGACAGAGAAUGGUCGACAGCACUCUCAACGUAAUGGAGAAGAUGCGUGCUGAUGCUCUCUCGCGUAUCAAUCCAUCAACCUACACUCGACAAGUCGCACGACGACGUCUAUUCAAGGUUGGUGACUCCGUGAUGAAGUGGGUCCGUAACGUCGACCCCCUUACUCCUUCAUGGAGAGGCCCUCUACUGGUUCAACAAGUACUUGGCGAUUCUACUUACAAGCUUUCCGACGGCACUGU